AUGAGUAUAGCAUCAGGUUCAGGAUCGGUGAUAGGUCGGGACCCAUUGCCUCCACGCGCAGUCAGCACCUCGCAACUGUCUCAAACAACUCUCACUCAGCCACCAUCUUUGGUGUCGACUCUCCCCCUGGCGCGUGCCAAUGGACGCCAGCAGAUCACCGGGGUACUUCCGGUCCAUCAGUCGACCCCUCAACCAACAUCAGCGCGACUUCCUGCAACCGGCGGUAACGACAGUGAUUCGUCAAUUUGUCGUGACACCAGCAUCGCCGACGUCCGGUCAUCAUCCUCAAUGGUGAACAAUGAGGCAUCGAGGAUUUCCCCGAGUGAUACGACCCAGCGCCUCGUCAGCCCAGCGAGGAACUUCCGCGUUGUAUCGCCAAUCGAUCAUCGAGUUUCAAGCCCGAGCGACAGCGAGAGACACAUUCACAGCCCCUGUGAGAGAUUAAUGACGAGUCCCGUAAGCAUCCGAGAAAUGAACGGAGACAUGGCAGUUCACCAUCAAAUUCCGCGAGUGGUGCAGGGUCGAGAGAGCACGACGGAACUCCUUCAGAAAAGGGCGAGGCCUGUUGAAUUGGACCAACCACGAAGACUUGAGAAUCUGCAAAAGCUCGACGAGCUCAAAAAACAUCUGAUGGACCUCGAAAAACAGUAUGAGAAGGGGAAGCCAUUGGUGAACCUGGUGGACAACAUGGUGAAGCUUGGUACCUUGUACAAUCGAAACGGCGUGAACGGAAGUGUUGCCGGGUCUCGUCAGGAGCUAAUGCAGAUGCAGGACGUGACACGUGAACAACGAGAGCGUUUAGAAUUCAAUCAGAGGGUACAAGAGCAGAAGAUUCUGGUUGAGGAGCGAAGGGACUGGGCGAGGCUCAGCCCCGACCAUGGACAACUGCAGGCGAAGGUGCAGCAGCUCUACAAACUGGAUCGAUUGCUCCAGGAAGAGUCGGGGAAACUUCACAGCCUUCAGCAGGACAAGGAAUUACUGGAGAAGGCACUGGGAGGGCUGAAAUACAAGCUCCAAGGCAGCAGAAGUAAUCCUGCUGAAGUGGAGAAAUACAAAAAACAGCAGAUUCUACUGGAGAGAGAGUUGGCCCGAGUUCGAAUGCUACUUGUUCAUAAUUCCAAGAAAUUGGAGGAGACUGUUGCGGAGAAUGCCAGGCUGGAGCAGGACCUCGUGGUGCUCAGACAGAAGCUUCAAGCUUCGAGGAGAUAUGCGGGGAGCAUGAGGAGAGAUACUUCAGGCACGACUGUUGCUGUUGAGACGGAAUUAAGAAGGGUCCAGCAGUUGGUGGGUGAUCUGCAAAGGCAGAGACAAGAAUUAAGUGUUCAAGUUCGACAAUUGACGGAAAAGUCCCAUAGUUUAGUACAGCAGAUUAGACCUAAUCAGCAGCAAGCAGUCUCACCAGCUCCUCAAGUCUACCAUCCAAAGAAAAAAGCUCAAAGUUCAUGGCUAGAAACCGAUCUAGAUUCAGGAAUGACCUUAGAUCACGGUCUGGACUCACCGUCGAGUUCAACUUCCUCAAUGUCCCCUAGGAAUCGUCAAAACGGCAGUCCACAUCAGCACAUACCUUCCCCACAGUACAAAGACCCUCCGGCGGCUCGUUACUCGCCCACAUCCGUGAAUCGUCCAGCUCAGCCAAUUAAUUUGAUACAACCUGGUCGUUCUCAGUCUUACCAUUGUGAUGCACAGCAAAAUCACAUCACUGCGAUAUCACCACAAUUAAGGGAGCAGAUACAACAGCACCAGCUCAAACAACAGCUCCUGAAGGACCAGAUGCAGGGCAAGGGAAGCCCGAUUCAAAGCAUUGUACCUCUUUAUGUGAACACCGACUCGAGAAGAAUUAAUUCGUCUGAUGGAAUGAAAAGAAUGGAUUCCGGGGUCAACGGUGUGGCUAUUCUGCCACCUGAGUAUGUUCCCCCACCACGCCCUCCUCCUUGUGAGGAGGCACUGUUGGUGAAUGGAGGAUACGGACAUGAUGAUAAUAAUUUUGCAG